GUGUCCCAAAAAUGUUGUAACACCUUGAAAGGGGCGGUUCGGGAGGUGAUUUGAAACAACUUUUUCCUUAGCGAAAAUGUUGUCCGAGGCUUUGUUGAGGAGAUAUUAACGGAAAACACUGACCAAUCAGAGCGCGAGGAUGCUGGUGGAGCGUAGGCUACGCGCUAGCCGGCUUCGCUCAUACGCUACCACGGCCGCUCCACUAGUUAAUAUCUCCUCAACGAAGCCUCGGACAUUUUCGCUAAGGACAAAGUUGUUUCAAAUCACCUCCCGAACCACCCCUUUCAAGGUGUUACAACAUUUUUGGGACACCCUGUAUGUGGUCGUAGAGGCAAACGAAUUUCCGCUAUGUCAUCUAGGAAUGAUGUGAAAAUUAAUUUGUCCCUAACAUAAAUAGCGGUACGCGACAAUACAAAUUCAUAAUAUUCUAGGUUUUUUUUUUUUAAUGAAAGGAUAAACUGCACACCAAACAACACACUAACCAACUUCAGAUGAUUCCGUCAAAAACACGUGCUUACCUGGGCAUUGAUGUCGAAGGUCGCUUAGAGUUGCACAUGUUAUUCAGUUUUUAUUAUUUUUUUCAAAUAUGCUUCUACAAAGUUUGAAGACUUUUGUUGAAAGAAAGGAAACUUACGCACAGAAACUUGCGUCCUAUAGAAAUUAUAAGGAGCUGGACAAGAAUGAUUGCGAAAGAAUUGUAGAUAUUUUGUGUGAGUUUUUAAUGGAUCUAGAAUGUACAGACGAUGUCGCAGAAUGUUUUCCACAAUUACUACCUGCAUUAGUUUCUGCAAGUAUUUCUAUAGACAAGGUCUCCUUUAAUGAUGGAGAUGGACUUCAUAAGUUAAACUCUGUCAUUCUGGGAAAACUUGGUAGCAAGAACCGUGAUCUAUUGACAUUCAUUCUACAAUAUUUUGAUACAAAUCCAGCACCAUUUGAAUCCAUAGAAGAUGACUAUAAGCCUUCUUUAAAGCGGCAUAAUAGAAGAAAAAUAACAACCUUUCCUGAAGUUUCUGAUCAUGAUCUAGUAACAGCUUGCUAUAACAUUCUAUGCAGUGCACCAAUACAUUUUAUUUAUACAUGGAAUUGGUCCAAAUUUUACAAAUAUUUAACAUUUAGUGAUGAAUAUGUUAGAUGGAUGGCAAUGAAUUGUAUUGCUGUUGUACUAGGAUUGUCAGAGUCUUGCUAUUUAUCUCAUAUGAAUGAUUUCCUCUCAAAGAAUCAACAAUUUUCUAUUAAGUGCAAAGAAGUUAGUCAAAACAAUAUAACAUCUGCAGAAACCGAAGAACUAGAUCAAUUGUUUAAUGGUCUAUCAUCAGUAAUAUCUAUCGGAGGAGUUCUGCUACCAGUUUUUAAGAAAUUGAAACACAAAAAUAAAUUGAAUUUAGUUUCGGUACCAUCCACACGAAGAAAUUUACAAAAUUUAGCUUUUGCGGUAUCUUCUAACAAAUGUGUAUGCUUACAAGGUGCCGUUGGUUCUGGAAAGACUGCAUUAGUAGAAUUCUUAGCACAGGCAACAGGCCAUGAUACCCAAAAUUUUGCAAAGGUGCAGUUAGGUGAUCAAACAGAUUCUAAAAUGUUAUUGGGAAUGUACAGAUGUACUGAUAUUCCUGGAGAAUUUCUGUGGCAACCUGGAAUUUUAACAGAAGCCGUGUUGUCUGGCAAGUGGUUACUUUUGGAAGACAUUGAUUGUGCUCCAACAGAUGUUAUCAGUAUUAUUGGACAUCUCAUGGAAAGUAAAACAUUGUCGGUUCCAGGGUACAGAGAUUGUGUACAUGUAAAAAGUGGAUUUCAGUUAUUUGUUACUAUGAGAUUAGCAUCAGGAGGGGGACAGAAGCCACUCAAAGUGUCUAUACCAUUCCAGAAAGAUUGGUCUUGCGUUAAUGUGGAAUCUUUAUCCAAAGAUGAACUUGUAACAAUUGUUCAAACUUUAUUUCCAGUGUUACAUACAGUGGCCACAAAAAUGAUUGAUGUAUUUUUGUUGUUUUCUGUUGGUAAUCACAAAGAUGAUAUUGUGAAUAGCGUAAGGAAUGCUAGGCAAAUCUCUACAAGGGAUUUGAUUAAAUGGUGUUCUAGGGCUGUUGUUGACUUCAAUGUAUCAUCACCUGUAUCUGCACUGAAGAUUUUUCAAGAUGCUUUGGAUGUUUUUUGUUAUUCUGUGCCUAAUUGCGUGCAACGAUUAAAUUUGGCAAUAUCAGUAGCACAUAAGUUAGGUAUUGUAAAAACAAAAGCAGAAUAUUUCUGUGAAAUGCACAAACCAUCGCUAAAUCUUUAUAAGGAAAGUCUUAUGGUUGGCAGAGCAAAGUUAGAGAUAAAAAAAUCUGAACGUGUACAAAUGCAGCCAAAAAGCUCGAACUUUUCUUAUACUAGAACAUCUGUAUGUCUUUUAGAACGAAUAGCUAGCUGUGUUAUGCAAAAAGAACCUGUUCUUCUAGUCGGUGAGACAGGAACAGGGAAGACGAGUUGUAUUCAAUAUCUUGCACAGAUAACAGGCCAUAAACUGAUAGUAAUAAAUAUGAAUCAACAAAGCGAAAGUACUGAUUUACUCGGUGGUUAUAAACCAGUUGAUUUCAAGCUUUUUGUUUUUCCAAUUCGCGAAGAGUUUGAAAUUUUAUUUCGAUCCUAUUUCGCGAUCGAACCAAAUCAGAAAUUUCUGAGUCACAUUGGUCAUUGUUUUGAGCAAAGAAGGUGGAAAACACUGACUAGUUUAAUGAUUCAGAGUACUAGUGCAGCGUUAAAAAGAUUAAGAACAAAUUCAAGAAAUCGGGAUGCAGUGGAGCUUUUAAAGAAAUGGGAAAAGAUAGCACAGAAAUUGGAGAAACUUCAGACUCAAGUGCAAAGUCAAUAUUCGUUAGCAUUUUCUUUUGUGGAAGGUGGUCUAGUGAAGGCAUUGAAAAAUGGAGAUUGGGUUUUAUUGGAUGAGAUCAACUUGGCUACUGCAGAAACAUUGGAGUGUCUUUCUGGACUGUUGGAGGGAUCUUGUGGAUCAUUAUCUUUGAUAGAGCGUGGAGACAAAGAACCAAUUAAAAGGCAUUCAGAUUUUGUAAUUUUUGCGUGUAUGAAUCCUGCAACAGAUGUUGGAAAGAAAGAUCUUCCUGUAGGGCUCAGGAAUAGAUUUACUGAAUUUUUCGUCGACGAAAUUUCAGAGAAAUCAGAUUUGCAACUUCUAACAAGCUCCUACUUAAAAGAUUUAAAUCUUCCACCAGAGAAAAUUGAGAGUAUUGUUAAGUUUUAUUUAAAUAUCAAAAAAGAAGCUGAAACUAAUCUUCUUGAUGGAACUGGUCAUAAACCGCACUAUAGUUUACGAACGCUAUGUCGGGCUCUCAGUAUAUCCGCACAAAAUCCUUGUGGAAAUGUAUUGAGGUCUUUAUAUGAAGCAUUUUGUUUAAGUUUUCUAACGCAAUUGGAUAGUAAUUCUUAUCCAUUAGUACAAAGAAUGAUUGUGAAGGCUAUCUUGGGUGAUAAAACUGCAAGUGCAAUUCUUGGAACGCCAAUCCCAAGGCCGCAUAAUGUAUUUACUGAACACUUUACAUCCUUUGAAGGAUACUGGAUUCUUAAAGGUGAUCUCAAGCCACAAAUACCAGAAAAUUACGUACUUACAGAAACGGUGAAACAAAAUUUAAAAGAUUUAGUACGAGUAGUUUCCAUUGGAAAAAUGCCUGUUCUGUUACAAGGUGAUACUUCUGUUGGGAAGACUAGUUUAAUAACAUAUUUGGCCAAAGCCUCUGGACAUAUCUGUGUUAGAAUUAAUAAUCAUGAACACACCGAUCUGCAGGAGUAUGUUGGUACUUAUGUAGCCGAUUCUACUGGAAAGUUAGUUUUUAAAGAGGGUAUUCUAGUAGAUGCGAUGCGUAAAGGAUAUUGGAUAAUCUUGGACGAGUUAAAUUUGGCACCCAGUGAUGUUUUAGAGGCUUUAAACAGAGUUCUUGAUGACAAUAGAGAACUAUACAUUCCAGAAACCCAACAAUUGGUUAAAGCACAUGACAGUUUCAUGCUCUUUGCUACUCAGAAUCCUCCAGGAUUAUACGGUGGAAGAAAGGUACUUUCACGGGCAUUUAGGAACAGAUUCGUUGAACUACACUUUGAUGAGAUACCACCGAAAGAGCUUCAAAUAAUAUUACACAAAAGAUGUAAGAUGCCAGAAACAUAUUGCAAACAAGUAAUUAAUGUGAUGACAGAACUUCAAGUUCGAAGAAAGAGCACCGCCACGUUUGCUGGAAAGAAAGGAUUUAUAACGCUUAGAGACCUAUUUCGUUGGGCUGAGAGAUAUCAUCUUGCACCUGAGACUAAAGGUACUCUUUACGAUUGGAGUCAACACUUAGCUGAUGAAGGGUAUUUAGUCUUGUCUUCGAAGGUCCGUCAUCCAGAAGAAUGUUCAGAAAUUAUACAGGUUUUGAAAAAACACCUAAAAAGAAACGUCGAUCCAAAUUCUCUAUUUUCACUUUCCGAGAAGACUUCACCUGUGACAAAACCAAUUUUGGAAUCUCUUCUGUCGAAGAAGGUUACAGGAUUUGAGCACGUAGUCUGGACGUAUCAGAUGCGCAAAAUGGCAGUACUUCUUACAAAAGCUUAUGAUUUCAAAGAGCCAGUUCUGUUGAUUGGCGAGACAGGAGGUGGCAAGACCACAGUUUGUCAACUUUUGUCAGUGAUCAAACAACAAGAACUCAGUAUUGUUAAUUGUCACAUGCAUACAGAAGCUUCCGAUUUUCUUGGAAGUCUUCGUCCUGUUAGGGAGCAUAAAGAAAGUCAGAAACUAUUCGAAUGGGUGGAUGGCCCUUUAGUGAAAGCCAUGAAAAAUGGUGGCUUCUUUGUUGUAGAUGAAAUCUCUUUAGCUGAUGAUAGUGUUCUUGAACGAUUAAACUCUCUUUUAGAACCUGAACGUAAACUUUUGAUUGCUGAAAAACCGUCAACUGAAGAAAACGCAACAAUUACUGCAAAUAAAGAUUUUAUCUUUGUUGGGACAAUGAAUCCUGGUGGCGAUUAUGGCAAAAAGGAACUUUCGCCAGCCCUUAGAAAUAGGUUUACUGAAAUUUGGUGUGAAGGCAGCGUUUCAUUAGAUGAUCUCAGAUCUAUUAUGGUACACAAUCUACGCGAUAAAUUCAAAGAAAGUGUUUCCACAGCAAUAAUAGAAUUCCUUAAAUGGCUACAAAGAACAGAAAUAGGGAAGAAGCUUAUCGUGAGCGUUAGAGAUGUGCUUACGUGGGUGAAUUUUGUUAAUUGUUGCCAAGGAUUAGAAAUAGGAGAUGCUUUCUUCCAUGGUGCAGCGUUAAGCUAUAUUGACGGGCUUGGAGCUGGUUUGACUGCCACAGAAAAUUCAAAGAAGUUUAAGCAUUUCAAGGAUUCUGCAUUGAGGUUCAUUGAAUAUCAAGUACAAAAUACAUUAAAGUCCAAGCUGUUGUUGAACUGCGAGAAGUCUGAUGUUGAAUAUUAUGAGGACAAAUUUGGAAUGCCUCCGUUUUAUGUGAAAAAAGGCGAUGAGCAAAUUCCAGAUGACCUAGGAUUCACUUUUAAGAGUCCAAUGACCAGAAUAAAUUCCUUAAAAAUAUUGCGUGCUUUGCAAUUAAAAAAACCAAUUAUAUUGGAAGGUAGUCCAGGAGUUGGGAAAACUAGCUUGGUUUCUGCACUUGCGAGAGCUUCCGGACACCGUCUUCUUAGGCUGAAUCUCAGUGAUCAAACGGAUAUUUCGGAUUUGUUUGGAGCUGAUUUGCCAGUUGAGGGUGGAAAACUUGGUGAAUUUUCUUGGAGAGACGGUCCUUUCCUAAGAGCCCUAAAAAAUGGGGAUUGGAUUCUUCUCGACGAAUUAAACCUUGCUUCGCAGUCAGUUCUCGAAGGACUAAAUGCUUGCCUUGAUCACCGUGGCGAAAUAUUUAUUCCAGAAUUAGGAAUGACUUUCGUUGUGAAAGCAGGAACUCGAUUAUUUGGUUGUCAGAAUCCUCUCCGUCAAGGUGGAGCUAGAAGAGGGCUUCCGAAGUCAUUUUUGAAUCGUUUUACUCAGGUUUUCGUGGAUAUUUUUAAACAAGACGAUUUAAAAUUCAUUUUAAAAGCCCAAUUUCCAAAGUUGCCAGAAGAGUUACUGAAUAAAAUGAUUAUGUUUAACGAAAAGUUAAGUUCUGAAGUGGGAAUUACAUGGGCACAUUCGGGAUCUCCUUGGGAGAUGAACCUCAGGGAUGUUACCAGAUGGUGUGAAAUAACCAUGGAAGCUUUCGAACGGAACUCAUCAAAAACAUUUAAUCCUGGAAAAGGAGCUCAAUUACUUUACGUUGACAGAAUGAGAACAAAAGAAGAUAAAGUUAAGGUGAUUGAGAUAUAUGACACAAUAUUCUCAUUGAACGAUUAUCCUUUGCCAGACCAGAAAUUUCCAAUUCAUUUGACGAAAGAAAAGGUUUUCUUAGGGGAUGAAAUAUUAGAUCGGAGUGAUUCUGCGGUGUACGAGAAUGACGAUUUGCUGCUUCUCAGAGAACAGAAAACUACCCUCAAAGGCCUCGCACAGUGUGUUAACAUGAACUGGAUGGCGAUUCUUAUUGGGGAAUCCGGAAGUGGAAAAAGCAGUCUUGUGCGCCUUCUUGCAAAUUUGGCUGGUCAGAAGCUGAAAUCAGUUGUAGUACAUUCUGCGAUGGACACUACAGAAAUUUUAGGCGGCUUCGAACAGACAGAUUACGAUCGUCACUUUGAAGAAUUGUUGGAACGUACGGAAACAUUGUUAAUCAGAAUUCUGAGGAAGAAACUGAAGAAAGAAAAUUUGGAUCAGGUGGCCUAUUUACAUGGCCUUCUGGAAAAUGUUCGACAUUUAUCCAAAGAUGACGGAAAAACAACGGGGGCGACAUUGUUAACGGAAACGAAGCUAUUUCUGCGUAAAACCGAGGAAUUAUCGAGGCUCGUGUCAGCCAUGAAAACAUUGGAGGUUUCCUGCCAAUCGGAGUUGCAAGAAAUCGAGGAAAAACUGACCGAUCUAUCGAUCGCCGUGGAGAAAGACAAAUGUUUGAACGCUGGUGGAAAAUUCGAGUGGGUGGACAGUGUUCUUGUGAAGUGUCUGCAGAAUGGUAACUGGCUAUUAUUAGACCAAGUAAAUCUUUGCAGUCCAGCAAUAUUGGAUAGAUUGAAUGGAUUACUGGAACCGAACGGUGCUUUAACGAUAGGUGAGAAAGGCGUCGACGAACAAGGAAAUGUGUUCACUGUCAAAGCGCAUAAGAACUUCCGGUUAUUUCUUACCAUGAACCCACGUUACGGAGAAAUUUCCAGAGCUAUGCGGAACAGGGGUGUAGAAAUCAGUAUCCUCACACCAAAGAGCGGGCUUUGCUGCAACAUACUAGACACAAGGUCGUUACUGAAUAAGUGCGGUAUAAAGAAACUGGGCCAUCAGAAUUUGUUGCUGAAAAUUUACGAGAGCUUGUACAACGACCAGCCUAGACUGAAUGAAAUACUGCAAGUCGCUUCGUUUACCAGUCAACAAGUGGCAAAAGGGUUUACCUUUGAGAGAUCAUUGCGGAAUUCCUGUCAAGAAAUAUGCGGAAUGCUCGAACCGAGAUGGAGGAAAGAGGCGUUGAGGAAAGUGGAUGAAAUUUUGUCAGAAAACCCCGAGAAAACAGGAAUAUUUUGUUAUGAUCUAAACACGAUAACUCUAAGAAGUAGCGAUCUACGAAAAAAUUCAAGGUUAGCGAUGAUAGAGCAACAGGGAUUCCUUUUAAAAUCUUCCGUAGAAAUGUUAAGGAACAACUCGGAAAAAAUUGAUCUGCAAGAUCUUUUCGUAGAUUCUCCCAUAACAGAAACCAUGGUGUUUUUGAAACUUCUUUUGCUUGAUUUUUAUGAACGAUCUUCUAUGGACGAUCUCGAGAUUCGACGUGCAUGGAGCUCACAUAUUUUGUCAAACAGUGGAUUUAAUAACUUGGAGAAAAUCAGCGAAUCUCUCAACAGAGAAAUUAAGAACUUAGAGUUUCUGUUUAAGAACAAUUUUGCUUCGGAAAUCCCCCUUAGCUUCGUGGAACCUUCCACAGUGUACAAUAAUUUAGCGAUUGCUUUAUAUCUUCGAUCGAUAAUCUUUGACUGUCAGUCGCAGAAAGAUUACCAAAAAAAUGAAGAUGUUAUACAUUUGAAAGAAUACUCAACUGCCGUGUGUUCAGGAAGGCUUUCCAGCAACCUGAAAAAUGAACCACUGAUAGUCAAAUUUGCAGAAUUAAUCGAGCAGUCUGCGAAAAUCAUUGAUGCUGUACUCCACGAGGAACAUUUGUUAAUGAACGACAAAGAAUACAUUGAGUUACGAGAUUGUUUAAAGUGGUUUCAAAGAUUCCAUGAAUUAGGAUCGAUAGAGUUGAUUGACAAGUCACGAGGGACAUUUUUUGACCUACGAGAAAUUUCCUCAUCUUUAAAGGUUCACUACAAAUGGUUAACGAAGCUUUUCAAAACUUUAUUUACGCUUUUAGAUAGGAACUCCUGCAGUCCGGAAAUGCAGUCAGAAUUAGCACGUUUCUCAGAGAAAUUUUUAAACAUGCUAACCAAUGCGAAUAAAUUCAGAAAGAUUCGUAAAAAGAUUAAGAAACUCUUAUCAAUCCCAUCGCCCCAUUUUUCUGAGGAUUCGAUGAUUUACCACGAAAAACUAAGCACAAUCUUGAAAAAAUGCGAAAUCACCGACGAGGACUUGGUUGAUCAUUCUAAAACGAGAUUAAAAAUCGCUUCGCUCGGCCUUAAAGACAAUUUAGCAAUUAGAGAGAAGUUGAUCAACAUUUGUGCCAAGGACUUUAAGGAUAAUGGUGCGAGUGGAGACUGGACUGACAAAUUAAUGGAAUUGGAGGAACUCUCCACGAAGAUUGUAGUGCUUAAAGAAAUGAAUGAUAACCGUGACGGAUUUAACGACAAUUUAACUGACAUCGAAAUCUGGCCUAUCUACGAAUUCUUUUUCUUGCUUUUUACAUAUCGUUUUCAAAGGAAAUAUUGCGAACAAUUUUCUAACGAUUUCGUCCAAGAAAUACGUGAGAAGUUUCACGAACAUUUCUCUAGUGAAGUAUGUCAAGACUUGCCUGAAGGUUCUUUGAUGGUUCUUAACGAAUCGAGUAAUAAUGUAUCCGGAACUAUUAAUAAGAAAUUUGAUAAGAUUUAUGAAGAAAGUAUCUUUAAAAAAUUUGAAGAUAUUCCAACCAUACCGACACACCUAAUUGGCCUAAUGAAAACAUUAAAUUCUGAUGACACUUCACCCAAACGAAGAAUUCUAUUAUUUCCCGAAUUACUUUCAUCAGCUGAAGAAUUCUCGGAACAAUCUUUUACUGUGAAAAAUUCGGAUAUCCUUUUACAUUGGCAUAAUCACGAAGAGGUUCAAAUAGAAGACUGUUCCAGUAAUACUGAGACAAAUUUCAUCGAUAAGUCGAGUCUUUGUAAAUUGAUUUUCAAAAUGUUCUUAACAAAAUCUGGAAGCGAGGGGCAAACAAUCAACCUUGGGAAUUACCAAACUAAAAAGAAAUUACUUAAAACAGUGCAAAGUUUACUUUGGAGAAAUUCUUCAAUUUUAAAUUCAAAGGAAUUCAAUCUAUCGAGGAACGAUGCGAUUCUCCUGGAAUUUUGUAUAAAUUAUUAUAUGUCUGCUGUCACAAGAGUGAUAGACACUUUUUCAAUGAAAUUAAACAAAGAAGAGCAAGACGAUUUGAAGAAACGUCUCCUCGAACCAAUGAAAUCGUUGCGGGAAGUCGAAGAAAAGUUGAAAAUUGAAGACACCGCGAUGGAAAGAGGAAAAGGCUGGUUGAUUCUCGGUUACCUACAAAUCUUCCUGUACCAUGAUAUAGGAUCCAUCGAUCCCGUUCAAAAGAUCGCUUUGAAGUCAAAAUACAUACGCGAGAACGUUUCAGAACUGAAAUGUUUAAUGUGCGUUGAAAGCUUGCAAGCCAACAUUCUCGACGCUUCUGCGUCCCGUGAUCGAAUUCUGUCAAGAGAAGACCACCUGAAGAGAUCUUUAAUCGAAGCAAAAAAUUUUGAAAAUUUCCAAGCAGUGAGACCGUCGUCGAGCUUUCAGAACUUGAGAGAAGAAAUAGAAAAUUUCUCCAACAACAUAGGCUCAUUUGAGUCAAUCUUUCGACAGAUUCAUCAUUUAAACAACGUCGUUGAGCAGAUUCAAAGAAAAGGAACCCUGAAUUCUGAUCGAGAAACGCUUCAAGAGGCAACGAUCUGGAAGAACUCAUUGCGGAGAUUUUCAGGGAAAUUGGCAAAGUACUAUCUGACUGGCUUUCCUGAUCUGGUCACCCCGAUGAUCUCUGCAAUCUGGAAUCUGCAUCACGGAUUGUCGAUUUUAAUGCAACUAAUCUCAAACGCGCAGCAUCAGAGCUUGAGUACCAACGUUUAUUACGAUUUGCUACGCUUUCCAGUGAUUGGUUCGUGCCAGGAGAACUAUUUGAACCUAGCAAAACUGUGCGCCUCUGAAAACUUGAUCUUAAGCUUAGUGAAACAGUUUGGAUCGAUGUCUGUUCAAAAGUAUAGAUUGGAAAUGGCUAAAAUCGCGCUACAGGAACUGGAAAACUUUACGAGUUUCGCUGGCACGAGUUUGCAGUCGCUCUGGAACGAGCUGAACAAAAUCUUCCUGAAAAUUCGAAUUCUUUGGAGGGAACAGGAAAAGCAGAGGGAAAAAGAAACGCAGGAAAAACAGAGUCUCUUUCGAACUAAGUCGGAAAAAGAAGAAGACGAGUCCGAUUACAAAGAAACGUUUCCAGGCUUUCAGCAAGACUUCCUGGAACUCGGUGAAAUAUUCCCAAGUUUUCAGCAGGAGUUUCCAGAAUUUCAAAAAAUAUCAACGAAUGUUUCGAACACAGGGGAACGCUUCGUGGAAUUAGUAUCUUUGAAAGAUGCCAGGAAAAUUCAAGAAAUUCAUUGGAAUAUUUUGAAAAAUUCAGAACGCGGUCAAUGGAACCCAAGCGCUUUAGAAAGUUUAAAAAAUAGAUCCGGGAAGUUUGGAAACAGUUUGGAAAAUUCUGACGUCUACCAUGAGGCUAACUUCGUCGAACCGUUAGCUCGACGAUUCGAAAUUCUUGGAUUCUUCACAGAAACGUUACCAGAGAACCUGUCGUCAAGAUUAGUAUGCAGUUUAACCGUACUGAUUGCACAGAAAUCCAAUUUUGAGAAUAAAGCAGGUAAACGAAACGUUUAUGACUUCUAUAGAGAUCCAAACAUUGUUGAAGUGGAGGAAUGUCAGCCACUUAUCGAAAGACUUUCUGAAAAAAUUGACGGUUUCCUAAUGGAAUGGUCAGAAAACCCAAUUUUAAAUUCUAUCAAACUGAUUAUCCAGAGGCUACUCAGUUUUCCAAUUGAUUCGUCAUUGUUGAGAUUUUUAGUGGGCAUCGAGUUACUGUUAACGAAGAUUCAACAAUGGGAAGAGAAUGCUCGUUACGAUGUUAGUCUUGCGGAGUUCAUUGAAUUCUUUGGCAAAAAGAUUUUGCAUUGGAGGAAGCUCGAAAUCUCAAGAUGGAAGGAUUCGUUGGAGAUUCUUGAAGAUGACUUGAAAACCGAGGCUUCACGCUGGUGGUUCUUUUUGUUUGAUUUGGUAGAUCAAUAUCUUGUUCAAGAAACGGAAGGCGUUGAACUAUCGAGAGAAGACAUAACAAAUAUUGAACAAACAGGAUAUGUCGAUAGACAGGGAAAUCCAAAUAAAAGCGACAGUAUCUCAAAGGAAAAAAUCACAGAGAACUUGGAACGCUUCUUAGCAGAAUCAUCUUUAAUUGAAUUCGAGCCAAGACUUCAAUUGAUCUAUCUUUUUUAUCAACAUAUUAGCCAUUUAAAAGAAACUAAGAAACAAAAGCAAUUGUCUGCCAUAUUCUGGAACAUUUAUCACUACUACAGCCAAUUUUCAACCGACGUUGGAAAUAAAAUAAAAGCCGCGAAAGAGCCCAUUGCUAAAAAAUUGAAGGAUACGAUCAAGAUUACAAGGUGGAAUGAUAUUAGCUACUGGUCGGUAAAAAACACCGCUGAAAAGACGCGUAGAACUUUGCACAAGUUUGUGAAAGAAUUUCGAAAAGGAGUUCAAGAGAAUGUUGCUGCUUAUUUGACAUUGAAGACAAGACCAGAAACGUUGGAGACAAGCAUUAGAAAAGAUCUUGACUCUUCCACUUUUCUAAUAAACCUCCAGUCUGGGAAGUUAAACAAAAUUAAGAAAAUAGCUCAAAAAGCUGGUCAGUUCUGUCAAAAUAUUAUUGUGAAAUGUAAUUAUUCUCAAAUUCGGAAAGACAUUGAAAUUUUUAUAGAAGACACCCUCGAGGAGAGUGUAAGGCUAAAGAAAUUGGAAGUCGAUAAAUCGUUGACAAAAGGCAAACAGCAAGCGCAAUUAAAGAGCAUACUCCAGCAGAAGAAAAUGGCAUUAGCGAAUUACUUCAAAACAUUAACUCGUCUUGGACUUUCGUAUCGAUUUGGAAUCUUAACUUGGAAAAAUAGGAAAUAUGAAAUCACAAACUUCGCAUCGACGCCGCUGGAUUUGCAGGAAAUUCAGAAAUUUAGAUUCGGGAAAAGCUUGAACGAUAACAUCGACAAAGAAUUGAUCGAACAAUGGUCUGGUUGUGACAAGUAUUAUUACGAAUCCUUGAUUAAAUUGAAUUUCCUCGAUGGUAUCCUAAAUUCUGGUAAAAGCGACUUUGGAAUUCAAAACGCUGAACGUUGCCGUGGAUUUUCAGCUCAUCUUAUAUUGUUGGCUCAUCGACAGAAGGAGACGAUCGCUGAUUUCUUUAAACAUUUCUUUCCGCUUAAAAUUCAACUGUUAAAUCUCACUCUCAUGAUGGAUGAUGCAACGAAGUCAACGAAUACAUCAAAACCUCCAAACGAGAAUGACUUUCCUGAACUACCAGAAAACUUGGACGUUCUUAAACAAAGAGACUUACAAAUUCUCGUGCAGAACUUCCAGAAGUUGUUGAAAGUGUUGCAAAUAUCUACGAAACAGAUUGUUAUCUUCUUAGAAAGUUAUCCAACUGAGUUUCUUGAAGAAGAAAAGUUUCUAGAUUUGAAUGAAAGUGUAAUACCUAUUUUGAAAGAAAAUAAUGUUGUAGAAAAUUUACUUACCUCGAUGAAAAACUCUUUGGACUCGGUUAAAAUUAUGGCGGACGAGUUGAACUCGUGGGUGGCAAUUUCUAAAAGAAUUGAAGAGUCUGGUCAAAUUUUCUUUUUCCACCGAAGACAUAUCGAUUUUCUUCGAGUAAGUUACCAGAAAAUCAAUGAAGUGAAACAAAGAUUGAUUGAUCUUGGCUCCGCUUUUACGGCGGAUCAUCCUGUCACUGAAAACCUUAAUUUCAUGAUAGAGAGGAUUAACGAAAGCAUCGAGUACUAUAAAGCAACCUUGAAUCCAGCGUGUGAAGAAUCAAACAGAUCUGAAAACUUGGAAGAAUACCGAGGAAAUUUGGACACCUUAAUUACACAAAUUCUUCUGGUAAUUCAAAAGAAGCUUCAAAGCAGUCAGAAGUCGGGUGAGGAAACAAUUAAUUCUGAAGAUAUUUUUGAAGAGAACCUCAUGACGGAAAAAUUGAUAGAUUCCUUAAAAAAAACUAUCCCGGAUUUACGAUUGAACAAAAUAUCACGAAUCUUUGGAGAACUACUGCAAACUAUUUAUCGUCUAGAUACUAAGUCUGCAAAUGAUUGUAUGAGAUUACUUCUGGAGCAUCUACCUCUACUGAAGCAGUACACCUUAUUCUUGCACUACUAUUUACACGAACUAGUGGCUUCUUUUCGUUUAACGUGCAAGUUUCUGUACCUACAAUUAAAUGUCUUCCUCGACUUAGCAACGAAUGGUUUUUGUCAACCAGAAGAUAUGACUACAUCUGAAAAGGAUCAAGAAGGCGAUCCAUCCCAAGGAGGCAUGGGAUUAGCGGAUGGCGAAGGUCAAAAAGACGUCUCUGAUAAAAUCGAAUCGGAAGAUCAAUUGGAAGAUGCGAAAUGUCCAAACGAGGAGGAAGAAGAUAACGAGAAAAAGGACACGAAAGAAGAAGAAAGUGGUAUCGAAAUGACAGAAAAUUUCGAUAGUCAUUUACAGGACCUCGAACAGGACGAGGAAGACAAAGACAACGACGAUGGCGACGAUCUGGACAAAGAAAUGGGCAAAACUGACGAAAAUGCUGAAAAACUCGACGAAGAAAUUUGGAAAGAUGAUGAAGAAAACGAAGACGAGGAAGACGAUAAAGAUAAAGAAGAUCAAAAAGAAGAGAAAGGAAAUGGGCAGGAAACAGGCGAGGAAGAACUGAGUGCUAAAGACGGUAACGAAGAUAAGAAUGAAGACAAGGAUCAAGAACCAGAACAGGGAGAUCGAAGAAAGGAUGAAGAUAAAAAGGAAAUCAAUGAAUUCGAAGAACCCGAAACGAAUGAGGAUCAGAUAGACCCUUAUCAUGGAAAAGAUCAACCAGAAAUCGAACCAGAACCGUUUGAUCUUCCAGAUGAUGUUGAUUUGGAUGAUGAAAUGAAAGACGGCAAUGAAAACGAAGACGAAGAAGAUCCUUUUGAUAUCGAUAAAUUGAAACAACCUAAAAUGCCAGAAGAAACGGAAGCUGAGGAAUCCAAGGAAGAAGAAACUCAAGAAGGGGAACAAGGGCAUUCGAGUGACGGUGAAGACGAUACAGAAGAAGAUGACAAUUCAGAAAGGGUUGGAGACAAAAAGAAAGAUGACGAAAAUAUAGAUUUUGAGGAAAACAAACAGGAUAAUUCAGAAAAACAAAGUAUGGAGGAGGAAAAGGAAACAGAAGAAGAGAAAGUGUCACCUAGCCUUGAUGCAAGUAGCAAGGAAAUUGAUGGUUCGAAAGAAACUGAAUCCAGAAAAGAUGGUUCUAGAGAUGCAGUAGAAAAUCAGUCAAAUGAAAAGAAUUCGGAAACUACACCAACAGACAUUAACGCGGAUGAUAAGAGAGAUAAAGGGACUGGUCAAUCGCAAACAGAAGAGCAUCAAGGCCAUUCAGGUUCUAGACAAGAAGAGAACGUUCCUACUUCUGGCGAAGAAAACUCUUCGAAACCUAUGGAAAAACGAAGAAAACCGGGUCAAAGUGACGAAAAUCGUAGUCUGCUUGAUGAUGAAAUUCAACCGUCUGCAAAAAAAAUGAAAACAGCUUUAAUGGGUCAGGAACUAGACGAUCACAGCGAGGAAGAGAAUGACCCUAAACAUAGUAGUGCAACUGAAACUUAUGAGCACAUUAAGAAUACAGAAACGUUUGAUGACUUUGUAUUUGACGCUGCAACCGAAGAACAGGUUAAAAAACAAGCAUCGAAUUUAGAAGAAGAAAAUUGCCAAAUAGAUAAUAAACCAGAAGACGAUGACAUCGAGAUGCACGAGGAUGAUCCAAAAGCAGAGGAAGAAAAAGAGAACCCGGUGAAAGAACAUGCUUCAAAGGUUCCAAAAACUAAGAAAGAGAAGACAACAAACGUCAAUGGCGAAAGAUCGGACGAUAUAGAAGAGAUUGAACUAGGCGGGGAAGUUGAAGGCGAAACGGUGGAAACAACUCGUGUUUUACGUGGAAAUGAAUCGACUUUUCACAUAAAAUCACCAGAGACAGAGAGCUUCAAUACCUUUGUGGACGAUAUUGCGAAAAAGAGAUCCGAAAUUGAAAAUAUGCUUAGUAUGUGGUCUCAACGAUCGACGUCCGCUGAAGCAGCACAUGCCUGGAGUUCCAUAAGCGCGUUAACAGAAUCAGCUGCUAGAGAAUUAUCCGAAAAAUUGCGAUUAGUAUUAGAACCGACGUUAACGUCCCGUUUGAAAGGCGACUACAGAACUGGGAAACGUAUAAACAUGAAAAAAGUAAUCCCAUACAUUGCCAGCGAAUUUCGAAAAGAUAAGAUUUGGUUGAGACGCACCAAACCAUCAAAGAGAGACUACCAGAUUGUUUUAGCGAUUGAUGAUUCCAGUAGUAUGGCUGAUAGUCAUUCAAAGGAGUUAGCUUUUGAGUCUCUCUCACUGAUCGGCAAAGCUAUGACUUAUUUGGAGGUUGGCCAACUUGCCGUUAUUAAUUUUGGGGAACGAGUGAAUAUCCUUCAUCCUUUCGGUGAAAACUUUACCGAAGAAAGUGGUGCAAAGUUGAUUCAAGAGAUGAAAUUUGAACAGAAGAAAACAAUGAUUGGCCAGUUACUUGAUUUCACGAUAGACAUGUUCACAACUCAGGGCAGUUACUCUGAUAACGCAAAAUUGGUGGCUAUUUUAUCGGAUGGGAGAGGAAUAUUUUCCGAAGGGACAGAGAAAGUAAACGCAAUCGUGAGAAGAGCCAAAUUAUUGAACAUUUUCCUUGUCUUUAUAAUUGUUGAUAAUCCCCUCAAUAAGGAUUCAAUACUUGACAUAAGAAUGCCAGUUUUCGAAAAUGGAAAAUUAUUGGGUAUCCGUUCCUACUUGGACAACUUUCCAUUUCCAUUUUAUAUUAUUCUUCGAGAUUUGGAUAGCUUGCCUGUAGUACUGAGUGACGCAUUACGACAAUGGUUUGAAAUUGUUGGCAGAAUUGAAACAUGAAAACAUUUUCUACUGUGCUUCGCUUCUAUUCUUCCACUAUUUUUAUUUACUGUACGAUUUUACAAAUACAAAAGGCGCAUUUAAGUAAUCUUACUUUUGCUAUAAUACCUAAUUAGAUACAUUAGAGUAAUGUUAUUUAUGUAUUCAGAAUCAAUUUAGAUGUGAUUUGUUCGUACAGAGUACUCUUAAUUUACUUAGAGCCGACCCUAAUUUGAAUAUACAAGGUAUCGACACAAUUUUACCAUUGUCAAAGAACCUCUUAGUGGUACUGACUCUAACUUAAUGAUAUGUACCCAUUAUGAUACAGAAUCAGGACAUAAAAAACGCCAAAGAUUCGCCUCUGUAAGAGUACUCUGCACACAUGAAUUAUCCCACAAUGUACAAAAUAUCAUCAGUUUCCUCUUGAUGGUCUGAAUGUUUUUUUAUAAAAUAAAAAUUCAUCUAGCUGUGUGUA